AUGGGCACAUCUGUUCAUGUUGGUAUUAUGGAAGAUGGCAGUGAAGUGGCUGUAAAGAGAAUAUUGUUACAAUCAUCUGAAGAAGCAGCUGAAAAUGAGAAAAAAAUUCUGAGUUUGAUUGAAACAAAGAAAUCACCAUUUAUAGUAAGCUAUCGAAAUUUUCUCAAAGACGCAACAUUCAUGUAUCUAAUUGUCGAUCUCUGUGAAGAAACAUUGAAAGAACAUGUCGAAUCCAAAACUAUUGAACAUUUGAGACAGUAUGGUCCGAGAAUGAUCAAGGAAAUUUUGCGUGGCCUUGAAUUUCUUCAUGAUCAGGGAAUUUUACACAGAGAUCUGAAACCGUUGAAUGUUCUAGUUGACAUCGAAGGUCACAUGAGAUUGGCAGACUUUGGAAUAAGUCGUGUUUUGAAUGAAGACGAGACGACAGUCCAAACUGACGGGAAAGGAACCGAAGGCUGGAUGCCUGUUGAAGUUAUUGAAAGUAGAAAUCAAAGAAAGAAAGGACGUUUUAAAAAGAAAUCAGACGUGCAAGUUGCAGGAAUGAUUGCUUUCUAUAUUUUAACUAAAGGUGUACAUCCUUUUGGUUCCGCUUUGUAUAAUCGUAUGAUGAAUAUUUUGAACGGAAAUCCAGUUAACCUUGGAAUCCUUAAUAAAGACCUUGAGGCUAAAAUGUUUGUCCAUUUGUUGAUCCGUCAUAACAUUACUGAUAGACCUUAUGCUUUUGAGGCAUUGGCGCAUUCUUUCAUGGUUCAG